GCAGAAUCACAUUGUAAAAUCAGUUACCUAAAUAACAAUUUGUUUGUAUCGGGCUAUAAGACUGUAUUGAACAAACAUUGCUGGUCACACAGAGACCGCUGUAUUUCCUCCACACCCCAGACAUCAGUGAAGGGUUAAUAACAGCUAAGUCACAGGGGAAGUUCACUAAAGUGGUAACAUGACCUUGUGCCACUAGAAAAUGAAACUGCAUAUAUUUAUUUCUAUUGAAAUAUACAAAAGCAUUGCUUAUACAAUCUGAAGUAUUUUUUUAUUCCCACAAUAUCUGCAAUAACUGUAUAAACUAUGGACUGUCACACAGAUUAUGUGGAUGCUAUCAUUUAUAAAUGAUGUAAAUGUGACAUCAUGAAUUAAACCUAAUGAUUGUGUCUCAGUCGCAUCAGAGAGGAUGCCACCUAAACCAACAACAUCAUCAUAUUACACCAGCAAACCAGCAGCAACAAAUACUGCAUCCAACAGACCCAUCACAUCUUCAUCAUCAGUGAUAAUGUUUUUCUCAAAGACUGCGGAUGCAGCGUCGCCGAAACCACAACCUGGUUUCACAUCAAUCAUUAUGCUGUCAGUUAUGGGGAUAUUGAUGGUGUUUGGAUUCCUAGUGUUUAUUUUCUUCAGAUGCACACAAAAGAAAGAAGUGUCAGCGACUAUAGAGGGAGAUAGAGGGAGCUCCUGCUACAGACACUGUAGGCCUAUUUCAUAGAGAGGAGGAGCGAGCGAGAGAGAGAGACACAGAGAGAGAGAGCUUGAGCUCUUUAUUAAUAGAGACCCCCAGCUCCACACAGAUAAAGCAAAAUGAUCCAGAUCUGUGACGAUAAACUCCUCAUCUUUAACCUGCUGCUCCUCAUGUCAGUCUUGGCAUGUGAGACGAGUGAGAUCUUGACUUUCACUGCACAUGAAAGAGGGAAAGUUGAGAUACGGUGUCCAUAUGAGUCUAGAUAUGAAGAAAAGAAGAAGUAUCUCUGCAGAGGAGAAUGUCUAAGAGUGCUUAAAGAUAAAGUUGUUGAAUCUGAAUCAGCAGCUAAAGACGAGAGAUUCUCUCUGAAUGACAACAAAUCAGCUCAGAUCUUCACCGUCACCAUCACUGAUCUGAGAACAGAGGAUCGAGGCAAAUACUGGUGUGGAAUAGAGACAGGGCGGGGAAAUUUAGAUGACUUUACACAGAUUCAUCUGGAAAUUAAACAGGUGUCCCGAGUGUCUGGUGUGACUGGAGAGCAUCUGAAUAUUAUAUGUCAUUAUGAAAGUGAACUGAAGAAUGAUGUCAAAUUCAUCUGUAAAGAAAGCAGCACGUCUCUCUGUGAGAAAUCAGCUAUCAAAGUUUCAUCAGAGAACAACAGAAAUGGACGAUUCUCUCUGAGAGAUGAUGCAUCUGCAGGAGUUUUCACUGUGAACAUCACUGAUCUGACAGAAGAGGAUUCUGGGAUAUACUGGUGUGGAGCUGUACAGAGAAGACAACAGCACAAGAACAAGUGGAUUUCAGUCAUUGAUCUGAACAUUUCUGCUGUAUAGAAGUAGUGAAGAUGCUGAACACACAUCACUGAUCACACGAGAGCUGCUGAGUUUCCUCCACACCCUCGACAUCAGUGAAGCGUCAAUAACAGCUGUGUCAGGGGGAAGUACAAGUGUCACAUGACCUUUUGCCACUGACCAUAGAAAUGAAACUCUGUAUAUUUAUUCUGAAAUGCAUGCUCAGUAUAUAAAAAGCAUCUUAAAUAGUUUCUGUUGUCAUCAUAUCUAGAAAUAGCUGCAUGGGCUGUCAUGCAUUAAACCCAAUGAUUAUUUGUGUCAGUUACAUCAGAGAUGAUGCCAUCUAAACCAACAACAACAACAGCUUCAUUCCACACCAGAAAACCAGUGACAGCAGAUACUGCAUCUGACAAAACCAACACAUCUUCAUCAUCAUUACCACCACCAUCAUCAGCAUCAUCAGUG